AUGUUGGCACACAAAAUAUUUUUUCUUCUCGCUCGCUUAUAUGCCACCAGCAUCGCGAAGAUUGCUGUUCUUUUAUUUUCCUGGUUAAGUUUUCUUCUCUUUCUCAUUUUCCAUUUUACUGUUUCAGUUAUUCUCACUUUGUGCUAUUCAUUGUGUCUCUCUUGUUUUUCUGACGAUCUUUUCACUUUCUUUAUCUUUCGGCAUUUUCUCACCCACUCCCACUCUCUCUUUUCUAUGUUCACCUAUCUGCUAUUUCGUUUUCCCCUACUGAUAUAUUUGAUUUUUUUUCUCUCCGUCUCUGCUAUGUCACUUCCUCUCUUUAUUUCACAAUGGUAUAUCUCUCUCUCUCUCUCUCUCUCACACACACACACACAAUGGUAUCUCUCUCACUUUCACAAUGGUCUCUUUCUCUCUCACAGUGGUAUCUCUCUCUUUCUCUUUCACAGUGGUAUCUCUCUCUCUUUCACAGUGGGAUUUCUCUCUCUCUCCCUUUCACAGUGGUAUCUCUUUCUCUCUCUCUCUCUUUCACAAUGGUAUUUCUCUCUCUUUCUCUCUGUGAUUUCUUUCUUUCUCUCUCUCUCUCUCUUGUUCUUUCUCUCUCUCCCUCUCUGUGCCAUUUCCCCCUUUCUCUGUCAUUUCACAUUCUCUCUCUUUGUCAUUUCUUUUUCUUUCAUUUCUCUCUUUCUUUCAUUUUUCUCUUUUUCUUUCAUUUUUUAUCUCUCUCUUUAUUUUCUCUCUCCCUCUUUCUGCCAUUUUUCUCUCUCCAUCUUUCUGUUGUUUUUCUCUCUCUCGCCCUCUUUCUGUCAUUUUUUCUCUCUCUCCCUCUUUCUGUCAUUUUUUCUCUCUCCUCCCUCUUUCUGUCAUUUUUCUCUCUCUCUCCCUCUUUCUGUCAUUUUUUCUCUCUCUCUCUCCCUCUUUCUGUCAUUUUUUCUCUCUCUCUCUCUCUUUCUGUCAUUUUUUCUCUCUCUCCUCUUUCUGUCAUUUUUUCUCUCUCUCUCUCCCUCUUUCUGUCAUUUUUUCUCUCUCUCCCUCCCUCUUUCUGUCAUUUUUCUCUCUCUCUCUCCCUCUUUCUGUCAUUUUUUUCUCUCUCUCUCUCCCUCUUUCUGUCAUUUUUCUCUCUCUCUCUUCCCUUUCUGUCAUUUUUCUCUCUCUCUUCCCUCUUUCUGUCAUUUUUUCUCUCUCUCUCCCUCUUUCUGUCAUUUUUUUCUCUCUCCCCUCUUUCUGCCAUUUUUUCCUUCUUUCUUAUCCUGUCAUUUCCCUUAUUUCCGUUGUCUCUCUCUCUCUCAUUUCCCUCUUUCUCGUUCUGUCAUUUCACUCACUUUCUCUCUCUUUCUAUUUAUAUCAUUUCUCUCUUUUUCUUUCUGUCAUUUUUCUUCUUUGUCAGUUUCUCUCCUUUUCUGA